AUGUCUAACUACAUCUUUCUGUCUCUUCCUCCAGCCUUUCUGACUGUGAGUCCCAACAGCUCUCAGUUUUUCCGCUGGAAGUCUGUCUCUCUGAGCUGUGAGGAGGACGACAGCUCUGCUGGAUGGACGCUGAGGAGGAACACAACCAGAGAAACCAGGACUCAGUGUGGAGCUGGCUGGGGAAGAUCAGCUGGUUCUUCCUGUAACAUCAGCUACCUCGACCCAGUGGACAGUGGAGUUUACUGGUGUGAGUCCAGAGAGGGAGCAACCAGUAACACCAUCAGCAUCACUGUCACUGGUGGACCAGUGAUCCUGCAGAGUCCUGUCCUCCCUGUGAUGGAGGGACAUGAAGUCACUCUGCACUGUAAAACAAAGACCCCUCCCUCCAACCUCCCAGCUGGUUUCUAUAAAGAUGGCUCCCUCAUCAGGACUGAGCCUACAGGUCACAUGACCAUCCACCAUGUUAACAAGUCUGAUGAAGGCCUCUACAAGUGUAACAUCAGAGGUCGUGGAGAGUCUCCAUCCAGCUGGAUCUCUGUCACAGUGAAACCCACCACUACAAGUCCUCCUUCAACCUCCUCUCCUCCUGGUUCCUCCUCUACUUCUCUCUCUGUAUUGUGGUUGGCCGCUCUAUCUUUCUGUGUUCUGGUUCUUCUGGUUCUUCUGGUUCUACUGGUGAGACGAUGCCUCCACAGGAAACCUAAAGCUGCUGAAGUUGGAGAUGAUGACAUCACAGACCUACAGCAGCCAAUCAGAUACAGCAACGGUCCUCCCAACCAGCUGCCGUUUUAA